AUGGAUCCUCCACUGGCACCAACGCACACCAGCUCAGCGCCCAAGGGCCGCAACAAGCGCGCAGCCUCCGAUACCUAUCCACCUCCCCCUCUGAAUCAAUCUCAUUCCGCCAAAAUGGCUAGCACGCCGAAUAUUCUCCAUCGUCACAUCCACCGCAAGCGCAACAUUGCUGCACCAAUCUGGGGGUCUGACAUUGCCUCCACGCCUGCUGCCUUCACAACACCUAGAUCUCCCUCUACCUCUGUCCCCCCAAACCACACCUGCACCCCCAUUAACCCAUUCAACGUCUACAAAGCCUUACUUCGCCACCAUAACCUCUUCUUCCAGUUCGCGCUGCGACUUCCUUAUUCAGCUAUCACCGCCCUCUACGCCAUCGACAAAGAAUUCCACUACCGCCUCAACAAGUUCAGCGUCAGUUUGAUCCAUGACUAUGCCAAGUAUCACGCUCCACUGGCCAGCUAUAUCUUUAGUUGGCGAGUGUACCCGCAGCUUUGCAUUUCCGAUCCCAUGCUCCGGCCCAUGGAUCGACGCGAGUGGCUGGCACGCGACGUCCCAAGUUUUCGAUGGGUGGGCAUGGUACUGUGGCGGGAAAGCAUUGUACGCAGUAUCCUGACACUUCUGGGCCUUGAAGGUUUGAGAUUGCCUGCGGGUGUGUGCGGCGCGGUGAUGAAGUUCUGGAGCGUCAUGGAGAUGAAAACGCAGCGGCUGCGUAUUUCCUUUCUGCAGGACCGCAACAUCUGGACGGAUGCGGAUUUCUUUCAUUUCCAGCACUUCCUUGUGAAGUUGGAUAUGCGGUUCACGGAUACGGUGCUGGGCAAUGGCGUUGGCGGUUUGAGUCAUGCGUUGCUUACGCAGCGGAGCUUGGUGCCGCUGUGGAAGGUGCUGAAUGGGCGCUUGGUACUGGACUAUGACACCGCGACGGAUAUCGUCGUGCGUACCUAUCUUGGAACCGAUCUCGAUACCGAUGCGUAUAGCUGGCUCGACGACGAGACUGAGAAUGGGGUUCCGGUUGAGGAGUCGGGACUGCUGAGCAAGGAGGGAUGGGAACUUGGUGGUAAGAAGAUGGAAUCUGUGGUGGAUUUGGUCAUUAUGGAGAGCAUAGAGCGCGGCCUCAAUGUCCAGCAGUAUUAUCUGGAUUUUGUAUUACAUGGGUUUGUAGAUGAGGAAACGGGUAAGAAUCUGCCGGCGCCGCGGCUGUGGAGGGGGGAUAAGAAGGUUACGGUGCAGAAGGAGGGUUGGCCGAGUAAGGAGCUCAGGGAGAAGAUGAUUGCGGAUUUGGAUCGGGUAUGUGGGAUGGUGAACGAAGAAGAAGAUGAUGCAAUGGACACGAGUGGCUAA